AUGAAGUGCUUCGUUGCCCUUGCUCUGCUCGCCGUCGCCGUCAGUGCGUCGCCCGUUGAAUACGGUCACUAUGGUGCCCCAGCUCUGGUCCACGCCCCGGUGGCUGUCCAUGCUCCGGUGCUGAAGCACGUCGUUGCUGAGCCGGUGGCCUACCCGAAGUACUCGUUCAACUACGGCAUCAAGGACCCGCAUACCGGAGACAUCAAGUCGCAGGCUGAGGAACGCGACGGAGAUGUCGUCAAGGGACAGUACUCGCUGGUUGAGCCUGAUGGUUCGGUGCGCACCGUCGACUACACCGCCGAUGACCACAACGGCUUCAACGCGGUCGUCCACAAGUCUGCCCCGGCUGUCCAGAAGGUGAUCGCUGCCCCAGUUGCUCACUACGCUCCGGCUCCGGUCCUGAGCCACUACGUGCACUAAAGCGUGCACUUGUCCCUUCGGACACCGUUGCGGCCCAGUCGGUGCGGGUGCGAGCCUGAUUUUCGUGUCCUGUAACCGCACUGUGGACGCUUCGAGGCUCACGCACCAGCACUCACCACAACUCAAGCCAAUUUAUCCACUUCAGCUAGAAUCGUAGUCACACUCUCUCACUGUCUCCGCGUAGAACGAAGGCCAACGAAGCAGUUUAGAAGGAAGGAUGUAGCGUAGCGACUCACACACUCACGCAUCGGGAGAACGGGUGGGUAGGGGCGGUACCAUCAGCCCCAUCCUGCCGCUCUCGUGCUAGGAUCGGGACACGUUCCCAGCCAAGCGAGACUAGGGACGAACUCGAGCAUUUGCGAUCAAUGCGUCGAAGCCGGUGGAUAUAAAUGAGCGCUUUCGGUAUUGCUUCUCGCCCAUUUUGUUUUCCAUCCCAUCCGCGUGUGGUUCCUUCGCAUGCUUUUCCACGCGCUUUUCCACGCAUCGCACGCACGCCAUCUCGACAUCGUGUGGGUUUGUGUCACGUGACAUGCUGCGGUGCGCCUGCAUUGCUGCAACACGCCAAACAUCGAUCAAAACCCCCGGAGUCGGAGCUUUUUUUGCGAGCUUCUGCUCCCAUUCCGUCGCGAUCGGUUUGCGAUCUCGAUCGAGUACGGCGUGCGUCGAGUGACUUUCGUCCUUCCUUCCCACUGCACGCACCCAAUGUGCAACCGCGGCUUCUCACGGGGGGUUCGCCGAUUUCCAAUGAUCUUUUGCCCGGGGCGUUGAUACGCACCCGGGCGGCCCUUCGUACCUCCUUGCGUAGGUAACUCGAUAUUACACACUCUAUCUCUCUGUGAUCACUAUCUGUUACUGCUACUGCUAUUACUACUACUACUGUUACUUACUACUUACUACCAUUGUACUAUCUUGCCAUUUGCUACCAAUGCGCACUGGCUGGGCUUCGAGCGACGCCAGGCGCUUUUCCGAAUCGUUGGCAGCAAAAUGCACAAAAAUCGCGCUCUCUUUUCUCACCGCGUGGCGCCCUUGUGCUGCCACUGCGGUAGAGGGAUGGGAGUGCAGAGCCAAAAAAAAAAAUGCAUACGAUAAACGAAGCAAUCAUUUACAUCCAUGCGAAACCAGAUGCAAG